CUUGUGCUGAUCUGUACAAGCAACAGAGAUGGUGCGGUAAAAAAGUGAAUUCAUCCAAUGUCCUCUCAGCGAAGAAGUUGGGGCCGCAGCAGUACCAAGACAUAUUAACAAACUCAUCAUGGUCGUUUUCAAUAAUGCUCCUCGCCUGGCACCAGCAGGUCGGGCCGCUUGCGGUGCCUCCACGUUUCGAGGACCGCCUCCAGCAGCGUCGAUGCGGCGUCGAGCGACGAACUGCAUCCAGAACGACAUGUCCCACUUGAACGGCACUACAAGAACAUCGAACAGUAAUUGUGUCGGGACUGUUCUUGUUUCAUCCUCUGCAACAGAAAGCUCCUGUUCAUCCAUGCGGGAAGGGGAAGCUGCUCCUCUGCCUUCAACAGCACCUAUAACACAACCAACAACUUCCGCCUCCUCCAAAGCCGCAACGGCGAAGCUGCUGGCUGCCCGGUACGGUUUGAACAGUGAGAUAUGAACUGCACAAGCAUCGCACUUCUAGUAGAAAGCGCAUGACAAAUUUGCUCAGCAUGAUGAGAAUCGGGAUUUGUUGUAAUGUGGAUUCGCCUCAAGAAACGAGCUUGCAGUAAUGCAUGACUGCGAUUACUACGAGAACGUUGCGCAUGCUUUUGCAGUACAUAUCAGACCAGUUGGUACAACGGAAGUUUGAAGAAGCGGUCCCACACCACCAUGCUGCCGAACGCAGACUUGUAUCCUGUGCAAAAGUUUAUCGUAUUCGUACUAAUCGAAAUCAUGCAUUACAAAUGUGGCUUCCUACCUACAUCUGCAUGAAAAUUACAGUUUACUGUUUCUUCUAUACGAAAAUGAAAAUUUGUGAUGCAAUUUCUACUACCAAGUACGAGGAAACUUUUGCAAUGCAUAACUCGCAGAUCAAGUACAAGUUUCCCAAGCUGCCCUGGGACCAGGGGGACGAGAUCUUGACGCGCAUCAUGCGCCGGGAGAAACAGAGCAAGAAGAAGCACCCGUGCCUGCAGACCUUCGCGGACCACUUGAACAGUGUCCGGCGCUGGCCUAACCAGUACCUGAAGUACGGCAAGGUGGAAGCGGUCCGGCACCUGCAGGCGCUGGAGAACUUCGAGAACUGGGAACCCAGCGAGGCCGUCGGGUACCGCAAGCUGCUGGAGCAUUUCGACGUGUUCGGCGACGCGCAGAACUUGCCGGAAUACCGCCGCGAGCGGAACAAGCCCACCGCGGUGCAAGUUGGAGCGAAGCGGGCGUGGCAACUCGAUCCCAUGUUCGACGAACUGGAAGAAUAAGCUCUUUGUAGCUAGUCGUAGUAGUACCCAGGAUGUUCUUCUGAUCAAGAGGUUGCUCAAUUUCAAUUUAUCAAGACGAGAAUGUUGCAAAAAGAAAAGAUAAAGAACGCGCACAUAUUUUUACACCGAUGAAGGGUCUUCUGGAAUUUCAAAU